CUCCCUUGAGCCGCUCCGCUCUGCGCCGCUGCAACGAGCGAUGGCCGCUGCAGCCGCCCGCGGAGGGCUUUGCAGGGCGAAGCUGGCGCGGUUCGUCCCGGGCUUCCGGACUGCUUCGACCGGCAGCUCCGCAGCCUCAACGCCCGAUGGGCCGCGCCAGCAGGAGGAGCAGCAGCAAGGGAAGCUCACCCGCGUGUGGCAGAGCGAAGGCAUCAGGAACAUCGUUCUGAGCAAUCCUGGCAAAAGAAAUGUGCUUUCCCUCUCCAUGCUGAAGUCCCUCCGUCAGGAUAUUUUGCACAAUAUUGACAGCACGGAUCUGCGCGUCAUUAUCAUUUCAGCCGAAGGCCCUGUUUUCUCCUCUGGACAUGACUUGAAGGAGUUGACCGGGAAGGAAGACACAAAGCAGCAUAUGGACAUCUUCAAAACCUGUUCAGAGGUCAUGACGUUGCUUCCCAAGCUACCUGUGCCGGUGAUAGCCAAAGUAAAUGGCCUUGCCACAGCCGCCGGUUGCCAGCUGGUGGCCAGCUGUGACAUUGCCGUGGCCAGCGAGAAGUCCAGGUUUGCCACCCCUGGAGUGAACGUGGGUCUCUUCUGCUCAACACCAGCAGUAGCCAUUGGAAGAUCCCUGCCUAAAAAGGUGGCACUAGAGAUCCUCUUCACCGGAGAGCCCAUGUCAGCUCAGGAUGCCCUUCGCCAUGGACUCAUCAGCCGAGUGGUCCCUGAGGACCAGCUGGAAAGCGAGACCUUGAGAGUUGCCCAAAAGAUCUGCCAGAGCAGCCGAGCCGUGUUAGCCCUGGGCAAGGCCACUUUUUACAAACAGAUGGAACAUGAUAUUGGCACAGCCUACCAGAUAGCUUCACAGGUCAUGGUGGAGAACCUGGCUCUGAAGGAUGGACAGGAAGGAAUUGAGGCCUUCAUUUCUAAACGCAAGCCCAACUGGUUCCAUUCUUGAAAUAACUUAUUGUCAAGGCACAUCUCGAGGACAAUUGUUUCUCCAUCUUGACAACUUGAGGAUGUGUGGACUUCAACUCCCAGAAUUCUGGCUGGCUGGCAGGGGAAUUCUGGGAGUCGAAGUCCACACAUCCUCAAGUUGUCAAGGUUGAGAAGCACUGGUUUAAGAUCUUUGAAAGCCUUUUAUUUGGUCAGUAAAACCAGUUUGAGGUUUCCCAAACCUGCUUUGAAAGUCCUGGGAGUUGCACUUGUUUCAAGGGAUCCCUUAUUGGCAUAGGAAUAUUGGCUUUAAAAGGAUCUUGUGCUCUUGUCUACCCUAAUUGGUUCCUUCAGGCACUCUGAUUUGUGAUGUAGAAACGAGCUGUAUUUUCACAAUACCCUUAACUGGCUGCCUUGCAGAUGGUGUAUUUGUACAACAUGCUAAACUGAAUUAGCAUGAUUUGGUUAUUUUCUUAUCGUUUGGUGGACGGCGUGAAUCCAGACCAUCAGGUUAAUAUAUGAUUUAAGGCAGUGUUUUUUUUUUUUCAAACUUGGCGACUUUGUGUAGACUUUCCUUUGUGUAGAUUUGGCAAAAUGUGUGAACUUCAGUUCUCAGAAUAUCGCAACCAGCACGCUAGCAGUUGAAAUCCUGACAUUUUAAAGUUGCCAAGUUUGAAAAACACUGCUUUAAGCUAUCAUGUGAAUCCUGAAAAUGGAUUAAUUCAGUAAGCCGGUACAUUGUACAAAUGUACACACUAUAUUGGACGGUGGCUAAAAAGAGCAGAUAUUCGUAGAUGCUGAAAUUACAAAGUCUACACCUACAAUUACAUGGCUAUGAAUUUAAUGAGUACAUAUUAUUUCAAUUAUAACAGACUGUGAUUGACGGUGCUAAGCCAUUGUUUGCCUAACUGCAAUUUAAUAAACCCCCAUAUCUGAAUAUACUAGUAUAUUAAACCAAAAUCUGGCCAAAUA